AUUAUCUCGAGGCUAACAGCUUUGGAUAACGUCUGCUUGUCAAUUUUGGAAGUAUCCUCCUGACUGUGACCCAGUUAUCAUUUUUAAUAAUCUCCUAUUGCCAAUAAUCCGUUAGGGCGGGGGCAUACAUAUAGCAGUGCGAAAGCUAUGGUUUAAUGGUGCCACCCAUAUUUUGGGCAAUUGUAAUAUUCAGGACAAUCUCUACUCUUUACCACAACGAUAAACCACAAGUGCCCGUAGCUACCUUUUAAUUUUGCGCGUUCCCGUAACAGUGUCCGCCAUUUUGAUUAAAAAAUAUGACAGCAUCCUUGUCUGUCUUGCUGCAAUCUUGAGGGUAAAAGCGACAAUUAAUUUACUGGCGCUGGGAUUGAUUGUACUAUACACGGGUGGAAGGGUCAGGCAGCCUCUGGUGAGCUGUCAAAGAAACACUCGCCAGAUUACUGACAGAUUUGGUUGAUGGGGCGUGCAGCUCCAGUUCACUGGCUUGGAAUAUAAACAAACUGCUCAACCAGCUACUUUAGCAGACUGACACUGACGCCCUGGAGCUAAAUGACAAGGUUUAAUGUGCUUCCUCUGUAAACUGAGGGGGGGUGUAUCUGGCUGUGUGUAAUCGUCGAUGCAGAUGACCAUUCCUUCCUGGGUCUUUGAGACAAAUGACUGAAGAGGUCUGACCAAGGACACACAUUACCUUGGUAACCCCCCCCCAUUCAAGCCCUCUCCUUGCAUCCUUCUUGACUGCAGCCAUGUUCUGGAAGUUUGACCUGCACAUGUCGUCCCAGCUGGAGGCCCUGCUGGAGAAGGAUGAUGUCACACUCACUGAGCUCAUGGAGGAGGAGGACGUACUACAGGAGUGCAAGGCCCAGAACCGCAGGCUGCUUGUCUUCCUGUCCCAGGACACCUGCAUGCAGGAGCUGCUGCACCUCAUCACCACAGAGCCCCCUGCUGGCCUGGAAGAAACAAGACGUUUUAAGCACCCUAACAUAGCGUGUGAGCUGCUGACAAGUGAUGUGGGGGUGAUAAAUGAUAAGCUGGGUGGAGAGAAGCUCCUGCUGGAUACCCUGUACUCUUUCCUGGAGCAGCCCCCUCCCCUCAACCCCCUUCUUGCGUCCUUCUUCAGCAAGACCAUCGGAAACCUCAUCACACGCAAGACCGAACAGGUGAUCUCCUUUCUGCGGGGAAAGGAGGGUUUCCUGGGUCUGGUCCUGAAUCACAUCAACACAUCAGCCAUGAUGGACCUCCUGCUACGCCUCAUCAGCUGUGUAGAGCCUGCUCCUCUCAGACAGGACACACUCAACUGGUUAAAUGAAGAGCAGCUGGCCCAGAGGCUUAUAGAGCUCAUCCACCCUGGGAAAGAUGAGGAGAAACAGUCAAAUGCAUCCCAGACUGUGUGUGACAUCAUCCGUCUCAGCAGAGACCAGGCCAAUCAGCUCCAAGAGAACUCUGAGGCUGACCCUCUGCUUGCCGUGCUGGAGUCGCAGGAGUGUGUGGGUCAGCUGCUGGACAACAUGUUUGUGGGAGAGAGGACAGAGAGCUGUAUCAUCUGUGGAACUCAAAUCCUUCUAACCUUACUGGAAAUCAGGAGGCCAGGGGUGGAGGGUAUGUUGGAUGUGUGUGUUCAGGGACAUGAGAGGUGUGUCAACAGUAGCAUCCUGCAGGCCAUCCAACCCCACCUCACACACUACCACCAACUACUGCUGGAUCCGCCCAGGGUGACCCCCAUGCUUACCAGUCUAGGUGUGUUGGAGGUGCCACUGGGUAACUGUCGUCUCCAUGUGGCCAGACUGAUGGCCUCUCUGCUACAGACCACUAACACCAGUUAUUACAUUUGUUGUAACAACACCAUUUAUAACAACACUGUCACACUGGAGCUCUGCAGACUCAACACCAUAAACAUUCUACUGGACCUGUUCUUUAAGUACACCUGGAACAACUUCCUGCACUUCCAAGUGGAGCUGUGUGUGGCAGCCAUCCUCAGCCACUCUGCCCAGGAGCAGAGACCCCUGGUUAACCAGGAAAAUCCCAGGCUUCAGCAGGAGCCCCAGGAGAAGCAGGCCUCGCCUGGCCCUACACUCCCACUGCCCUCUGUUCCUCCCGACAUCUCCACACACAACCCACUGGUGACCCAUUUGUUUCAGGACUGUCGUCUGGUUCCGAGGAUAUUGGAGGCCUGGGAGGAGAAUGAUAAGAUGCAGGCGGAGGGGGGCAUGAGGAGAGGCUACAUGGGUCACCUGACUAGGAUCGCCAACACUGUUGUCUGUAGCAUGGAGAAAGGACCAAUACACAGCCAGAUCAGCAGCCUUAUUACAGAGCUGCUUGUGGAUUGCAAGGGGCGCUGGGAGACCUUUGUAGACCAGGCCCUGACAGAGAUCAACAGGAAGAACACUGUAGACCUGGUGUCUCACAACCUGCGCUCCUCCAGUGAAGACGAUGAUCGACAGAGUCCCUUCCCCAAAGAGCUGUCACUGCAACAAACAUUCUCAGACUACCAGAUCCAGCAGAUCACUGCUAACUUUGUGGAUCAGUUCGGCUUCAAUGACGACGAGUUCUCAGAACACGGCGACAACAUCAAUGCCACCUUUGACCGGAUCGCAGAGAUUAACUUCAACGUGGACACAGAGGACACUGCUAAGACUGCAGCAUUUGAGGCCUGCACUAAGGAGAAGAUCCAGUCGUUUGAUGACAACGAAGAGGAAGAUAUCUGGGAGGAGAGAGAGAUCAACUAUACUACACACACUAAGUCUAGGACCAGGUUUGGGGGGUCACGGACGUCUGUUGGAGUGGCUCAGAGUGAUGGGGUGAGCGAUACUGCUGGUAGCUCAACAGGUUCUGAAACGGAGGAGUGGGAGGUGCCUAUUGAGGUCACAGGUCAGACAGAACACAGCAAGAACAUCAGCCAGACUGAGACUGCACAGAGCCCUGGCUGGGCGGCUAGUUUUGGGGAGGUGAACUCUAAGGCCCCCUCUCCUGGAGUGGGCGUAGAUCCAUGGGCUAACCCCACCCCCAAGUCUGGAGUGGGCGUAGACCUAUGGGGUAGCCCUGCCCCCACACCUGGAGUGGGCUUAGACCCGUGGGGUAGCCCCGCCUCUAAAUCAGGAGUGGGCGUAGACCCAUGGGGUAGCCCCACCCCCAAGUCCAAAGUGGGCGUCGACUCAUGGGACAGCCCUGCCCCCAAGUCAGAAGUGGGCGUGGAUGCAUGGGGCAGCCCCGCCCCCCAACCCAUAACUGCAGAGAAGGGCUGGGCCAAGUUCACUGAUUUUCAGCCCUUCUGCUGUUCAGAGACAGGUCCGAGGUGCACUUCUCCAGUAGACUCCGAGAUCUGUGGGUCAGACAAAACAAAACCCAGUCAAGACAAGAACUCUUGUGUGUGGAGUGUGUGUGUGGCGAGGAAGGCUCCCCUUGUAGCAUCAGACAGCUCUUCAUCAGGAGGCUCAGAAAGUGAUGAAGAGGACAAGACUGAAUCUGUUACUAUGGAGACGGUAUCCAAGGAAAUGGUCACUACAGAGACAGUUGUCACAACCGCUGGACGGGAAACCAUCAGACUUAGGAUGGACGCCAACACCGAGAGAGUUGUCUUCACCAGUGAGGAUGACAUGAGAGAGAAAGAGAAGAUGAAGGAGAAAGAGAGGGUGAUGGGUGGAGGAGACCCUCUCAAUGCCACUGCUGCUCCCCUCAAAAUUCGGCCUGCCACCGUCACAAAAGACACACCAUCCUUGGCAAACGGACCGGCCUAGUACUACGGUACUACGACACACACAUACACACUCCACUUCCCAACAACACUCCAUGCCAUGCAACGUCUUGUAUCGUGAGCAGUGCUGCCCUGUCAUAGGUCUGUGUCUAGGACAUCUACGGUGGCUGAGAGAGUCAAAAAGCAGAAGAGAAAAGCCAUUCCGGAAGCCAAACAGCUCCUAAACACAAGUUUAUAAACCGAUUCAUGUGAUGUUUGUCCCUGCCCUACUGCUGUAGUCUCUCCAAGACACCUAUCACCACACUGCGACGUGUGUGUGUGUGUGUGUGUGUGUGUGUGUGUGUGUGUGUGUGUGUGUGUGUGUGUGUGUGUGUGUGUGUGUGUGAGAUCCAGCUUUAUGUAGUCUUGUUGUUAGUUCUUGGCUCAGCCAGUUUUUUGUUUUUUGCACUUUAAGUAGAGAAGACGCUCCAUUCCCGCUGUAGUCACAUCAUCAGCGCAGAGUAGUCUGAGGAGGGGAAUGAGUAGUCAGUACUGACUGUAAGAUCUUCAAAGACAAAGUGUGUUCCUGUUUUUUUUUUUUUUUUUUUGACUCAAUCAUUUCAGCAUAGAAAAUCCAGCCUGAUUAUGAAAAUUCUCCACUAUCUUUCUCCCUCUCUGUGUGGACUAUUCCGUCUGUUCUCCCUCUCUGUGUGGACUAUUCCGUCUGUUCUCCCUCUCUGUGUGGACUAUUCCGUCUGUUCUCCCUCUCUGUGUGGACAAUUCCGUCUGUUCUCCCUCUCUGUGUGGACUAUUCCGUCUGUUCUCCCUCUCUGUGUGGACUAUUCCGUCUGUUCUCCCUCUCUGUGUGGACUAUUCCGUCUGUUCUCCCUCUCUGUGUGGACUAUUCCGUCUGUUCUCCCUCUCUGUGUGGACUAUUCCGUCUGUUCUCCCUCUCUGUGUGGACUAUUCCGUCUGUUCUCCCUCUCUGUGUGGACUAUUCCGUCUGUUCUCCCUCUCUGUGUGGACUAUUCCGUCUGUUCUCCCUCUCUGUGUGGACUAUUCCGUCUGUUCUCCCUCUCUGUGUGGACUAUUCCGUCUGUUCUCCCUCUCUGUGUGGACUAUUCCGUCUGUUCUCCCUCUCUGUGUGGACUAUUCCGUCUGUUCUCCCUCUCUGUGUGUGGGAGAUUUGGAAUAUAUAUUCUCAGGUUAAAAGAGCAGUUCUGUGGAUGUGAUGAAAGCACACCUGUGUGACGUCACACACAGCAUGAGUACACACACAUACAGUGUGAUUAUUCACACACACACAAAGCUUGAGGCAUACACACUCCACUGUAUGAGUGUUUACACACAAACACAGAGUUUGCGCAGACAAGCACUCAAACCCUUCCAUAUCACCCCUCCACAGAGCUGUGUAAAUGUAAUAUUGUGACCUUUGAACCUUUUAUUAGGUUGUGGUAUAAUGUAAACGUAUUAUAAUGUAAACAGUAUAUAUAUAUAAACACGUAUCUAUUUUUGGUAUCAAUUCAGAUGUAUCGGAAAGGGGAUGUUUAGCAGGUUGCUGUGUGUGUGUGUGUGUGUGUGUGUGUUUAUAAUGGUGAAAUGAGGCAAUAAUGACAUCUGUGUUGUUAUGGUUUUUACCCCAGCAUCAGACUCUGAUACAUGCUUCCUCCUGGGUGUGUGUGUGGGUACAUGUAUGUAUAUGUUUAAUGUAUUGGAAAUGUCUUCCAUAUCCAAUUCCUCAUGCUAUAUCACCUUAUCAGUAUCUAAAGCGGUCUCUCUCAUUUAGAGCAUGUCAUUCAGGUAUGACUUGGUGAAGUUAGUUUCUGUUGUUGUGUGGUUUUAUGUUUAAAGCACUUUGAUGGUGGUCAGAACCAUCAAGGUAUUUUACUCACAGCUAAGGAAGAGGUUUGACUUAAAGGAAUCAGUUAGUUAUUACAAAAUCUUAAUAAUAUUUGUGUGAUAUGACGAUUUGAUCCACGUAUUGUGAUGCCAAAGUGGGCUAGAGACUAAUGACAUUGGCUAGAUUUGGGACAGGGAGAGGGAUCCACCCUGAUAAAACUAACCAGAGUUGUGUACAGAGUUACGUCAUAUCUUCACCCCAACACCACACACUGCAUCUGACUCAUACCACACCACACACUGCAUCUGACUCAUACCACACCACACACUGCAUCUGACUCAUACCACACCACACACUGCAUCUGACUCAUAGCACACCACACACUGCAUCUGACUCAUAGCACACCACACACUGCAUCUGACUCAUACCACACCACACACUGCAUCUGACUCAUACCACACCACACACUGCAUCUGACUCAUAGCACACCACACACUGCAUCUGACUCAUAGCACACCACACACUGCAUCUGACCCAUACAACACCACACACUGCAUCUGACCCAUACCACACCACACACUGCAUCUGACCCAUACCACACCACACACUGCAUCUGACCCAUACCACACCACACACUGCAUCUGACUCAUACCACACCACACACUGCAUCUGACUCAUAGCACACCACACACUGCAUCUGACCCAUACCACACCACACACUGCAUCUGACUCAUACCACACCACACACUGCAUCUGACUCAUAGCACACCACACACUGCAUCUGACCCAUACCACAUCACACACUGCAUCUGACUCAUACCACACCACACACUGCAUCUGACUCAUAGCACACCACACACUGCAUCUGACCCAUACCACACCACACACUGCAUCUGACCCAUACAACACCACACACUUCAUCUGACCCAUACAACACCACACACUUCAUCUGACCCAUACAACACCACACACUGCAUCUGACUCAUACCACACCACACACUGCAUCUGACCCAUACCACACCACACACUGCAUCUGACCCAUACCACACCACACACUGCAUCUGACUCAUACCACACCACACACUGCAUCUGACUCAUAGCACACCACACACUGCAUCUGACCCAUACCACACCACACACUGCAUCUGACUCAUACCACACCACACACUGCAUCUGACUCAUAGCACACCACACACUGCAUCUGACCCAUACCACACCACACACUGCAUCUGACUCAUACCACACCACACACUGCAUCUGACUCAUAGCACACCACACACUGCAUCUGACCCAUACCACACCACACACUGCAUCUGACCCAUACAACACCACACACUUCAUCUGACCCAUACAACACCACACACUUCAUCUGACCCAUACAACACCACACACUGCAUCUGACCCAUACAACACCACACACUGCAUCUGACCCAUACAACACCACACACUGCAUCUGACCCAUACAACACCACACACUGCAUCUGACUCAUACCACACCACACACUGCAUCUGACCCAUACCACACCACACACUGCAUCUGACCCAUACCACACCACACACUGCAUCUGACUCAUACCACACCACACACUGCAUCUGACUCAUAGCACACCACACACUGCAUCUGACCCAUACCACACCACACACUGCAUCUGACUCAUACCACACCACACACUGCAUCUGACUCAUACCACACCACACACUGCAUCUGACCCAUACCACACCACACACUGCAUCUGACUCAUACCACACCACACACUGCAUCUGACUCAUACCACACCACACACUGCAUCUGACUCAUACCACACCACACACUGCAUCUGACCCAUACAACACCACACACUUCAUCUGACCCAUACAACACCACACACUGCAUCUGACCCAUACAACACCACACACUGCAUCUGACUCAUACCACACCACACACUGCAUCUGACCCAUACCACACCACACACUGCAUCUGACUCAUACCACACCACACACUGCAUCUGACUCAUAGCACACCACACACUGCAUCUGACCCAUACCACACCACACACUGCAUCUGACUCAUACCACACCACACACUGCAUCUGACUCAUACCACACCACACACUGCAUCUGACUCAUACCACACCACACACUGCAUCUGACCCAUACAACACCACACACUUCAUCUGACCCAUACAACACCACACACUGCAUCUGACCCAUACAACACCACACACUGCAUCUGACCCAUACAACACCACACACUGCAUCUGACUCAUACCACACCACACACUGCAUCUGACCCAUACCACACCACACACUGCAUCUGACUCAUACCACACCACACACUGCAUCUGACCCAUACCACACCACACACUGCAUCUGACUCAUACCACACCACACACUGCAUCUGACUCAUACCACACCACACACUGCAUCUGACCCAUACCACACCACACACUGCAUCUGACUCAUACCACACCACACACUGCACCUGACCCAUACCACACCACACACUGCACCUGACCCAUACCACACCACACACUGCACCUGACCCAUACCACACCACACACUGCACCUGACCCAUACAACACCACACACUGCACCUGACCCACACCACACACUGCAUCAGACCCACACCACACACUGCACCUGACCCAUACAACACUGCACCUGACCCAUACCACACCACACACUGCAUUUGGCCCAUACCACACUGCACCUGACCCAUACCACACUGCAUCUGACCCAUACCACACCACACACUGCAUCUGACUCAUACCACACCACACACUGCAUCUGACUCAUACCACACCACACACUGCAUCUGACCCAUACCACACCACACACUGCAUCUGACCCAUACCACACCGCAUCUGACUCAUACCACACCACACACUGCACCUGACCCAUACCACACCACACACUGCACCUGACCCAUACCACACCACACACUGCACCUGACCCAUACCACACCACACACUGCACCUGACCCAUACCACACCACACACUGCACCUGACCCAUACAACACCACACACUGCACCUGACCCAUACCACACCACACACUGCAUCAGACCCACACCACACACUGCACCUGACCCAUACAACACCACACACUGCACCUGACCCAUACCACACCACACACUGCAUUUGGCCCAUACCACACUGCACCUGACCCAUACCACACUGCAUCUGACCCAUACCACACCACACACUGCAUCUGACUCAUACCACACCACACACUGCAUCUGACUCAUACCACACCACACACUGCAUCUGACUCAUACCACACCACACACUGCAUCUGACCCAUACAACACCACACACUGCAUGUGACCCAUAUGUGUGCGUGCUCUCUGUAGUCAGAGGCCUUUUAUAAAGGGUUCUGAUGCUGGCGGUUCCUUUUCUGUAUAUGUAAUUGUGUGUGUUACUGUUGUCAAACCUAGCCUGUAAAGUCAGAUAUCAAACUAAUAAAUAUGUCAACCAUCAA